AUGUCUUUUGAUCUUCAGCAUGGCGCGUUCUCUCAGUCUCUCGCGGCCCUGCCUUCGGCGCUUCGCUUCGGCAGCUUCCUCCUCCUGUUUGGUGUCAUCGCGCAAUGCCUGAGAGCCGUGUAUAAACGAUUUGGGACUCAUCAGAAUGCGUCCAGGGCAACGACUCCACAGAUAAAGCAUGUCCAUUCACAGACGUUUCCUCCGUCACAGCGCCGGCUGCUCGCCAGCAUCGAUGCGAGGUUUACCCCAGACAAGGAUGACAUCGACCCUUCCGAGCUGUCCAAGUCGGUGCUGGAGAUGGACGCCGACUAUCGACGCGCGGACCCCAAAAGCUUCCUGUUCAGCGGCAUCCGCGUUGGCGAAGUGUUGGCUUUAGGGGACUUCCCCAACUAUGCAGCGCUGUCAGAAGUCCCUUUGCCGGAGCCUCUCGAGGACUUUGAUAUCAACGCCACUCUGCCCAGGCCAUAUAGGCCGUUUAGAUGGCCUUACCACCAGACAAUGGCAAUCCAGAGAAUGGAGCCCGACUACUGGAUUGAGCUUGAGAGCACAUACCUCAACAUGGUCCAGCACCGGCUGGACAUUUUCGCCCAGUAUGGCAAGGACGUGUUACGGGCGCUCCCCGGCUCUGAACUCGCCUGCAAGGAGCUCAUGGAGAUGGUCAUCCAGUUCCUCUGCGCAAGAUAUCCGCGCCAAUUCUCCCUCGAGGGCAGGACCUUUGUCAACGGAAUCCGCGGCAAGAGCUUCGAGCUCGACGGCGGCGACCCGCUCAUGUUCCUGCUGGAGAAUGUGCCGGAGGACUUUGCCAUCAUGCUGCGAGACCCGGAGACGGGCAGCUAUCGGUUCCGCGCGGGCGUCAUCUGCGCGUCUACCGGCUGGAGUCUGGGAACCAAGAUUGGGCUCGGGCUGCCGGGCAUCCACAGCCCAGUGCCGGAUUACAAGGAGAAGAUGGAGAUGAGCAUGGAUCGCUUCUUCACCAAGAUGCCGACAAACAAGCCGGUCCAGCGGGGAGCGUGGGGAUUCGAAGUCGGGCAGCACCUCUACGUGCCGCCGGGCCACCCCGAGCUGAGCCGCGACGUGGCCAGCGACCCGUCGGUGCGGCCAGAGGACCUCUUCUUCCGCGUCGACUGGCAGACGCUGCGGCGGCUGCCGCUCUCGGGGGCCAUCGUCUUCAACUUCAAGGCCUACUUCUACCCGGUCGCGGAGCUCAGGGACGAGCCGUACGUGCCGUCGCUGGCGCUCAAGGUGGUGAGCGACAGCAAGGGCAACCUGCUGCAGUACAAGAAGACGGCGCCGCUGGCGCACAUGCUGCACCCGCUGCUGCAGGAGUUUGAGCGGCAUCAGAUGGAGACGGGGCUGAUGGAGGCGGACUGGGAGCACCGGACGCUCGAGGAGAACCCCUUUUUCCCGGGAUGGCGGGAGAAGUGGACGCGCCAGCAGGCCGAGCUUGGGAAGUAG